AGAAAAUAUUAUAUUUUAGACUAGGGACUAGGGUUUAUGAGUUAAAAAAAAAAAAACUCAAAUAAGAAGGCAGUGGGUAACUGGGUAUUAUAAAAACGGGUUGGGCCGUCAUAACCAGAACUCGAGCAAUAUGAAAUCUUCUCAAAUUUUCUCUCUCUAAACAAAACAUAAUCUCCUUUCCUUUUCUCUCUCUGCUCUACCAAAUCUUAUUCAUACUCUUUGCACAACAUUUAUUUCUUACAAUCAAUUGGAAUUAACGUACAUUAAUAUUUAUAUUACCAAGAAAAAACAGGGGAAGGUGAAAAUUACAAUAAAAAAAGCUUAGAUUUUGGUGUAAUAAUCAAAACUUUUGGGAAAAAUGAAGUAUGUUUUGGUAACUGGUGGUGUUGUAAGUGGCUUGGGAAAAGGUGUUACUGCUAGUAGUAUCGGUGUACUUCUUAAAACUUGCGGUCUUCGUGUAACUUCCAUUAAAAUAGAUCCUUACUUGAAUACAGAUGCUGGAACUAUGUCACCCUUUGAGCAUGGUGAAGUGUUUGUUUUGGAUGAUGGGGGGGAGGUGGACCUAGAUCUUGGUAACUAUGAGAGGUUCUUAGACAUCAAGCUGACGCGCGAUAAUAAUAUUACAACUGGGAAAAUAUACCAGACUGUAAUUGAUAAAGAGAGAAGGGGAGAUUAUUUGGGCAAAACUGUUCAGGUUGUCCCGCAUAUAACCGAUGAAAUCCAAGCUUGGAUAGAACGUGUUGCACAUACACCAGUGGAUGGACUAGAGGGCCCUCCUGAUGUUUGUGUGAUCGAAUUGGGUGGAACUAUAGGGGAUAUUGAGUCUAUGCCAUUUAUCGAGGCGCUUGGACAAUUCUCAUAUCGCGUCGGUUCUGGGAACUUUUGCCUCAUCCAUGUUAGUCUGGUACCAGUUCUUAAUGUUGUUGGGGAACAGAAGACAAAACCAACACAACACAGUGUCCGGGGGCUACGAGGCCUUGGUUUAACACCAGAUAUUUUGGCUUGCCGCAGCACAAUGCCUCUUGACGAUAAUGUGAAGGCCAAACUGUCACAAUUUUGCCAUGUUCCGAAUGAGAAUAUUAUAACUUUAUUUGACGUCCCCAACAUUUGGCACAUUCCACUGCUUCUUAGAGAUCAGAAAGCUCAUGAAGCUAUAUUAAAAGUUCUCAAUCUUUACGGGGUUGCAAAGGAGCCUGUACUAGAUGAAUGGACUCGAAGAGCUGGACUCUGUAGCAUGUUGCAUGUUCCUGUGAGGAUUGCUAUGGUCGGAAAGUACACAGGACUUUCAGAUUCUUAUCUCUCUGUGUUGAAGGCUCUCUUGCACGCUUCGGUUGCAUGUCAUCGUAAAUUGAUUCUAGACUGGGUUCCAGCUAGUGAUCUUGAAGAUUCAACCAAGGAAGAGAAUCUCGAAAGCUACAAAUCUGCAUGGAAUUUGCUUAAGGGUGCAGAUGGGAUUCUAGUUCCUGGAGGAUUUGGCGACCGAGGUGUGGAAGGGAAAAUUCUUGCAGCAAAGUAUGCCCGAGAAAAUAAAAUUCCAUAUCUCGGCAUUUGUUUGGGAAUGCAGAUUGCUGUUAUCGAGUUUGCUCGUUCAGUUCUUGGAAUACAAGAUGCAAACAGCACAGAAUUUGAUACAGAAACCCAAAAAACUAAGAAUCCUUUUGUUAUAUUCAUGCCAGAGGGAUCAAAAACUCAUAUGGGAGGCACUAUGCGGCUUGGUUCAAGGAGGACUUUCUUCCAAGUGAAGGACUGCAAGAGUGCAAAGCUAUACGGCAAUGCAAGCUUUGUUGAUGAAAGACAUCGGCAUAGAUAUGAGGUGAACCCUGAUAAGAUUGCGCUGCUGGAGAGUUUUGGCAUGUCAUUCACCGGAAAAGAUGAAACUGGCCAGCGAAUGGAGAUUAUUGAGCUACCUGAUCAUCCUUUCUAUGUUGGAGCUCAAUUCCAUCCUGAAUUCAAGUCAAGACCAGUAAAACCUUCCCCUCUAUUUGUAGGUCUAAUAGCUGCAGCAACUGGACAGUUGAAUGUUUUUCUUGAAAACCCGAACCUUGUACAUAUUAUGUUGCAAAGAGAAACUCCUAAGUGCAGUCCCCAGCCAACAAUACCUGCGCAGCAUAAACCCAAGGACCUCGCCAAUGGUCACAGUUAUGGUAAUGGCUCUGUCAACGGAGUACACAAAAACCAUGGCAAUGGUUCGGUGAGCAGCACACACAAGGAGCAUGCUAAUGGUGUAUUGAAAAAUGGCAUUCAUCCAGUUUAUGCUAAUGGGAUGACAAAGGGAAGCUGUCGAAAGCUUGUUAAUGGGUCUAUAAACGGCGUUCAUCCAGAGCAUGCGAAUGGUUUAGCGAAUGGUACAUUUCCAGAAUACCAUGACAAUGGAUUGUUGAAUGGAGUAGUUCGUAAGGAUCAUAUAAAUGGUUCUCUGAAUGGCAUCUGCGGCAAUGGUAAUGGUCUUCUCUACUGAAGAAAGAAGAGGGCCGAGCUCCUUUGAAGUUAGUGGCCAUGCUUGAUCAGCAGAAUUUUGAAAUUAGCUCGUUUUGCUAGUAAUUUUUUCUGUUUGGAUGUACAGUUGAUUAGAGUAAGCUCAGGUAUUGUAGCUCUCGGGAUUCUGCGUACCAACAGUGCUAGAUUUCGGUCUUUUUUUCGGGGUCGGCCUGUUAUAUUGGAAGGUUUGCAGUGUAACUAAGAGAGAGGGAUUGAGGUUUUUCUUCGUUUCUUCCUUUUUUUCGAGUCGAUUAUUACCCUCCUUUUAUAAACUGGUGUGUUUCCUGGGUAUCUUAAAAGAGUGAAUUGCCUGCCUUUUGCACUGUAAAACUUUCAGGAGGUUUGAUUUGAGACUGGCUAUCAUGAUCUCCUUUUUACUUGGUGUUUCCCCUUAAAAAUGUACUCCAUUCUGGAACUUCAUUUAUUUUGAAUA